AUGGAACUGUUAAAUCAGGUGUCCAGUGCACAGUUUUUCUUUCCCGCGGCAGCUGUUGCGGUCGUAUUGGUAAGCGCGGCUCUCGUAUUUGUGUUCGGUUUCCACUCAGAAGAACCGCCACAAUUUGACAAGUUGCCCCUAGUCUUAGAUGACAAAAAGUCUUCUCAGAAGAAAAAGAAAAUUAAGGAAAAGAAAUCCUCCCCGAACCGCACAUCCAGUGAUGAAAGUAAAGCUAAGAGUGAUGGCUCUAAGAAAUCCCCUGUAAAGGAAAAGAAAGAAGAGAAAAAAGAUGCAGAAAAGCCGAAACCUAACGAGAAAGCUGAACCUAAAGUAGUCAAAAAGGAAGCCCCUGUUGAGAAGAAGUCAAAAAAGAAAGCAGUUGAAGUGGAAAAACCAGCAGAUUAUGACGAUGGUCUAUGGGAGGAAGUCCCAAAGAAAAGUGAGAAGAAAAAACUGAAGGGAAAUGAAAAGGAGAGCCCUGCUAAAAAGACCAAAAAGGUCAAGGCUAAAGAAAAUGGUAUUGAUGCAGCUCCGGCAAAGGUUGUUGAGGCUCCCGAAGAAACCAUCAAGGUGAUAAGCCAAGUGGGCCCUGAUGUGGAUGAAGACGCUGCUAGGGCUCUGCAGGCUCAAGUGGAAGAAUUACAGAGAGUUCUUAAGGAGGCGGAACGUCGUGACCAGGGUCUGUCUGCUCCAGAGGUGGAAGAGGAGGCACCUGAACAGGACCUGACUGAAGUGAAGGAUCUCAGAAGCAACAAAAAGAAAGAAAAUAAGGAAAAACAAAUCAAGAAAAAGGAGGCCGCCGCUGUAGCUAAGACUGUGACUAAGUCGGAGGAAAACUCCGACUCCGACAAACAGGAGGAGAAAACUCCUGCCCCAGUUUUUGAUGAGCUUGGAGAUACUUGGACAGAAGCCAAAAUAUCCAAGAAGAGCAAAAAGAAAGCGCGCAAGGACCAAUGA